CAAGCAACCUCGCCGGUGCAGUCUGGUGAACAUUGUGUAAUUUUAUAAAAAUGUACAAAUUAGCCAAAAUGAAUUACUAGAGUAAUCACCUAAGAAACACAUUGAACAUGCUCUCAUUCCUUCGACUGAGUCAACUGGGACGGAUUGGCGUUCAGCAGCGUUUUAAACCGCUCAUUCACCGCACCCUGAGCACUUCCUGUCGACGAUUCUCUGACGACAUCGCGUACGACGAAAUCCCAGUUAGUCGCAUCCGUAACUUUAGCAUCAUCGCGCACGUGGACCACGGCAAAAGUACCCUCGCGGACCGGCUGCUCGAGCUAACGGGGACCAUUAAGAAAAAUGCCACCAACAAGCAGGUGCUGGACAGUCUGCAGGUCGAGAAGGAACGCGGCAUUACGGUGAAGGCGCAGACUGCGUCGCUGCUGUACCGGUACGAGGGCAGCGACUAUUUGCUGAACUUGAUCGAUACUCCUGGGCAUGUGGACUUUGCGAACGAGGUGUCGCGGUCGUUGGCCGCUUGUGACGGGGUGAUUUUGCUGGUUGAUGCUAAUGAGGGCGUGCAGGCUCAGACGGUGGCGAAUUAUCAUUUGGCGAGGGGUAAGGAGUUGGUUAUUGUGCCGGUGUUGAACAAGAUUGAUCUGAAGAAUGCCCGGCCGGACGCGGUGACGCAGGAGUUGUUUACGCUGUUUGGGAUUGAUCCGGAUGGGGUGUUGAGGAUUUCGGCUAAGCAGGGCACGGGUUGCGAGCAGGUGUUGGUGGAGAUUGUGAAAAGGUUGCCGGCGCCGGAUGCAAGGAGGGGCGAGCAGUUUCGGGCGUUGAUCUUUGACAGCUGGUUCGAUCGGUAUCGGGGAGCGUUGAAUUUGGUGUAUGUGAAAGAUGGGGAGGUGCGUGUUGGGCAGGAGAUUGUUUCUUGUCACACGGGGAAGGUGUACGAGGUCAAGAGUUUGGCGAUGUUGCGACCGGAUGAGCAGAAGAUUGAGCGAUUAGUGGCGGGACAGGUUGGGUUGUUGGGUUGCAACAUGCGGACGAGUAAGGAGUCUAACAUUGGUGAUACGUUGUACUUGAAGAAGAACAAGAACUGCGAACCACUGCCGGGGUUUAAGCCCCAACAGCCGAUGGUGUUUGCCGGGGUCUAUCCGGCGGACCAGUCGCAGCAUCCCUACCUCAAAGGUGCCAUCGAGAAGCUGGUGCUGAACGAUUCCGCCGUAACUGUCGUGCCAGACUCCAGUCCGGCACUGGGUCAAGGUUGGCGUUUGGGCUUCCUAGGUCUGCUUCACCUGGACGUGUUCAGCCAACGUCUACAGCAAGAGUAUGACGCAGAACCAAUCCUGACGGCACCCUCAGUCACGUACAAAAUCAAGCUGAAAGGCAUCAAAUUGAUCGCCGCCCACGGAGGCAAAGACACCAUCUUCGUCAGCAAUCCUGCCCUGUUCCCGGACCCCAACUCGGUCGAAGAGUACUACGAACCGUACGUCCUUGGCACGAUCAUCGCUCCAACGGAGUGCACCGGCCCGAUAAUCGGCCUCUGCGUCGAACGACGUGCCGUCCAGAAAACCUCGAUCAACAUCGACAACGACCGGAUCAUGACCACCUACCUGAUGCCGCUGAACGAGAUCGUGCUGGACUUCCACGACCAACUUAAAUCGAUCUCCUCGGGCUACGCUAGCUUCGACUACGAAGAUCACGGCUACGUCGCCAGUGCGCUCGUCCGCAUGGACGUCCUGCUGAACGGAACGCUCGUAGACGAACUCUGCACGGUGGUGCACAUCAGCAAGGCCCAGUCGCACGCCCGCGAGCUGGUACUCAAGCUGAAGGAGCUGAUCCCCCGGCAGAUGGUGCAGAUCGCCAUCCAGGCCACGGUCGGGGGGAAGGUCGUGGCGCGGGAAACGCUGAAGGCGUACCGCAAGGACGUUACGGCCAAGUUGUACGGCGGAGAUGUUACCCGGAGGAUGAAGUUGCUGAAGCAGCAGGCAGAAGGUAAGAAGAAAAUGCGAGCGAUCGCGAACAUCAACGUGCCGCGGGACACCUUUAUCAACGUGCUGAAGCGGUGAUGAGGUGAGUGGUUGCCAGAAUAAACUAGUUGAAUACUUUAAGAU